UCUCAUGACGACAUACCCUCAAAGACAUGUAUGUACGGUGAUAUAUCUCUAUCUCUCUCUCUCUCUCUCUCCUCUCUUUCUCUCUCUCUAUAUCUAUACCUAUAUCUCCAACUCCAUUUUGCUCUGCUUUUUGGUCCUCAGACAGACAGACAGACAGACAGACAGAGAGAAAUUAAAACCCUAAUUCACUUCGAUCUCUAGAGAGAGAGAGAGAAACCCUCGGAUUGUAAUGAUGGGCUCCAAUUCAGCUCUCUCUGCCGUUUUUCUUCUCUUACUGUUCUGUUCUACGCCGGUUGUUUACGCCGGCGAUAUAGUUCACCAGGACGAUGUAGCACCGAAGAGGCCUGGCUGCGAAAACAACUUCGUUCUGGUGA